GCGGUCGGCGGGCCCGCUCCCAGAGCAUUCAAUGCACCAGAGGGGAUGUAAGAUUCGUGUGGGCGCGCUGCGAGCCUGUUCUGGAAUAUUCGGAGAGUGUUUGUGCCCGCUCAGAACUAGAGUUCGCACCCUCGGCGCGCAGUGAUGCCGAAAUAUUAUGAAGACAAGGAGGAGGGUGGACCGUGUUCUGGGGUGAAGGAGGAUCUGAGGACGUGUUUGAUGGCACUCGACUGCGUGCUCAAGGAAGGAAAGACACCAAGGCAGUGCUUGAAAGAAGGACAUUGUAAGGGUUUACAACUUACUUUCUUUGAAUGUAAAAGGUCAAUGCUGGAUAACAGAGCUCGUUUCAGAGGAAGAAAAGGAUAUUAACAAUCCAACUGCAAUGGACAAUGCUACAGAAUCUAUAUAUGUUGAUAUAGAAAUAAAAUAAAGUCAGUAUAUUUAAUUUGGAAACUUAUUGUAUUCAGUGUUUGUUAGUUUUCUUUGUUUAUUUUUUUCAUAUGCAAUGCCUGUUUGAUCCUCGCUAUCAGAAAUCAUUUUGCAAUUAAAUAGAUUCUGUGGGCAUAAGUGCUUUUAAGGAGCUCAUGUUAUGCACACAAUGAUUGUGUAAAUACAGAAUUUAAAACAAUUUGGCGAAGCUUAUAUUGUGUGCAAAACAUAACUAAUGAAGUUCUUGGUGAGGGAGUAAUGUGAUAAAAUAAUAAUAGACAUGUUAUGAAAAUGGGUAAAUAUCUCCGCCUUUGUAAAAAUACUGUGCUAUUUUAUAUUUCACUUUGUAUUUAUCAAUAAAGUCAAACACUUUGCCUGAACAA